AGUAACGACGCUCCCCUGCUACGCGCAAUGGGCACUAAACGCCUAGUGUACUAGUACCUUUUAUUGGUGUGAACCGUGCGCGCCACGGUUUGUACACGUAGUGCUAUUGAGGGAGAGAGCGCGAGAGAGAGCUGUCAAGAGUCUGUUUAGAUGUCUGCACAGUUUGAGCUGGCAGGGGAUUUACUCACCAAUUUCCAACGGACAAGGGAAAGCUAUAAACUCGCACAUGCGCAUAUCGAAAAAUCGACGCGGAUAUGUAGCCUACAUUCAUGAUUUUUACGCACAGGUGAAAAGUAAUGUUUUUCUUAUCGUAGAUUAUCCAAAGAACAUAGGAUAGUGAUAUAGUCUCAGAUCAGUGAACAUCAUAUUUAUAGCCUAGUUAUUGCACAAAUAAUUAUAGACAACACGCGGGAACACCGUUAACAGUGAAACAUGUCCAGGAAAAAGACCAUGAAAGGCAAGGGGAGCUCCAAAAGCUCGACUUCAUCUCCGAACAACAACAAAGACACCGGGAAAAGUGGGAGAGGGAUCGGAGCCUCGGCCCCAUCCAACGGAGUGGUCUAUCCGAGCCGCCCCUCGCUCAGCAACAGCGGGGAGUUUUAUGAUAUCGCUUUUAAGGUGAUGUUGGUGGGAGACUCCGGUGUAGGGAAGACUUGCCUGCUGGUUCGCUUCAAGGACGGAGCUUUCUUGGCCGGUAGCUUCAUCUCUACUGUUGGCAUUGACUUCAGGAAUAAAGUGUUGAACAUUGAUGCGCUGAAGGUCAAACUGCAGAUCUGGGACACUGCUGGGCAAGAAAGAUUCCGCAGCGUCACACACGCCUACUACCGUGACGCUCAUGCUCUCCUCUUGCUCUACGACGUCACUAACAAGGCCUCCUUUGACAACAUCAAGGCAUGGCUGACAGAGAUCCAUGAGUACGCUCAGCAGGACGUGGUGCUAAUGCUGCUGGGGAACAAGGCUGAUGCAACACACGAGAGAGUGGUGAAGAGAGAGGAAGGAGAGAAACUGGCCAAGGAGUUUGCUGUGCCUUUCAUGGAGACCAGUGCUAAAUCUGGCCUGAACGUGGAGCUGGCAUUUACAGCUGUAGCCAGAGAGCUGAAGCACAGGUCACUGAAGGAGCCUGAUGAACCAACGUUUCAGCUUGAAGAUUAUGUCAACAAGGAGAUGAAGAGUGCUGGUUGCUGCCGCACAUAAACCUGUUCUUUCUCUGUGUGUGUGUGUGUGGCUGUAGCCUAUUGGCUAUGAGUCUGUCUCGUGUGUGUGUGUAUAUGUCUACCGGUGUAUAAAGUGUGUGUCGCUGUUUCCCUUUCCCCAUGUGCGUGUGUGUGAUAUGUUUUUAACAGUGGUGGUUGUGUAUGUAUGUGUAUGGUGUACGAGUGAAUUCAUAAUGCGUCAUCUUCUGCCCCCUACUGUAUGAUAAAAGGAUGACAGUUUCAGUGCAUCGGUACAGUAAGAAUCACAGCCUAUUAGUCUUAUCAAACUCAUUCAGUAAAGACCACCAAAGUAGACAUCAAACAGCAACCUGUCAAAGUUCACCCGCUAGAUGAAGGUGGAGCAUUUCAUGUUACAGUACCUCUGUGUCAUCUUACACAUUCUCUGAUGAUUUCUCUUCCUGGUGAUAUUUUGUGUACUCAUCCAAGUCCCCCCCACCCAACUGCAGAACUCUCCUGACCCACCUCUUCCUGCAGCUGUGAAUGUAUCUAAACGGUCCCCAUUUGUACCCCUUCGCUCUAUCCUUGUUUGGAUCCAUCGUUCAUGAUCCAUUGGAGUCCUUUUGUGCAAUAUUACUAAGAAAGUAUGUGGUGUAUAUAUUUUAAAUGAAAUGUAUACUCUAGAGCUUUAUAGUUUGCAUUACUUAUACAUGGUUGUCCUGUUGAGGACAAAUGGAACACGGUGUCAAGUGAUGUAGAAAGUCAAGAGAUUGUCAAGUAGCAGAACAAGAAACUGUGGGCUGUCUAUACAAUUCAAAAUGUGCAUUGAGGCAAGAUAAUAUCAAUAUGGAUCUUUGUAAAUCUAUAACACUCUAUGGAAGGGUUUGUUCAAAUGUUUAAAUGUUGUUUAUGUGUUUCUGUACAGGGUGUCCAACAUCAUGUUAUUGAUAUUCUGGAGGCAAAACAUCUGUCCUGUAUUUGAAUACAGUAUUGUUAUUCAGUACACCUACCUUGACUUUAUUUCAGAAAUGCUACAAUUGUAACUAUAUCAUUAUUUUCCGAACCAUGGUAUUUUGAAGAGAUGCACUCCGCAAAUCUGACCUUCGUAUCGAUUUACAACACUUUUUAAUUCAGUGGAUUCAUCAUUCUGGACGUAUAAAGAGAAAUGUAUGUAAUUGCCUAAUGUAAAUGAUAUCGAGUUUCAUACUGUAUUUUGUUCCUGUUUAACCGAAGUACUAUGAUGCUCAAUGAAAGAAUAUUGCUGGAAUAUUUAAUAAUGUACAGAGGGCAGCAAAUCGUUCAAUGUUUUGAUUAUAGAAAAGAGUGUCCCUACUGUACUUCUAUAAUCCACUCAGACACAGUAAGCACAUUUUUUUCUAUGUAACUUCAGUACUCACAAUAAAGUUUAAGAUGCACAGUA